AUGGCAGAGGACCUGGGGCUGAGUUUUGGGGAAACAGCCAGCGUGGAAAUGCUGCCCGAGGACGGCAGCUGCAGGCCCAAGGCCAGAGCCGGGCUAGGAGCCAGGAGCAGCAGCGUGCACUGGGCCGUCACCUGCUGCCUGGUGUCACUCCCCAUCCUUGCAGGACUCAUCACCUACCUGCUCGUUGGCCAGCUCCGGGCCCAAGGAGAGGCCUGUGUACAGUUCCAGACUCUGAAAGGACAGGAGUUUGGACCUUCACAUCGGCGAGCUUACACACCUCUCAGAGCUGAUGGAGAUAAGCCAAGGGCACAUCUGACAGUUGUGAAACAAACUCCCACACAGCACUCGAAAAAUCAGUUCCCCACUCUGCAUUGGGAACAUGAACUAGGCCUGGCCUUCACCAAGAACCGGAUGAACUACACUAAUAAAUUCCUGGUGAUCCCAGAAGCAGGAGACUACUUCGUUUACUCCCAGGUCACAUUUCGAGGGACCACGUCUGAGUGUGGUGACAUCAGCCACGGGAGGCAACAGAACAAGCCAGACUCCAUCAUCGUGGUUAUCACCAAGGUAAAAGACAGCUACCCUGAGCCAACCCAGCUCCUAACGGGGACCAAGUCAAUGUGUGAAACAGGCAGCACCUGGUUCCAGCCCAUCUACCUAGGGGCCAUGUUCUCCUUGCAAGAAGGGGACAAGCUGACGGUGAACGUCAGUGACAUCUCUUUGGUGGAUUACACAAAAGAAGAUAAAACCUUCUUCGGAGCCUUCUUGCUAUAG